AUGUCUAAGGGUUCCCGCACGAACAUAAAGCUUGCUCCAAUUAGCGACAAAACAUCCAACUCAAAAUCUCGUCAGAACAUCGUGCUGGAAACUACAGUGCUAGAUGCUUUUCGGCCGCAUCGGCCGUCAGUCGCUCAGCCGAUCCCUCUUACGUGGAGGGCAGUCAAUCAAAAGCAGCCUCGAACACUCCGUCAGCCUCGACCGAAGCUGGCUAGAAGUAGUGGCAAGGAGAUGGAAUUUGCCACUCCAACAGCUCGGACUCUCCACGAGCAUGUCAAAUCCCCAAUACCUCAGCCAGGGCCGGCCACUAAGAGCAGAAUAAUGUUGGAUCUCACUACGCCAAGUCCUCCGCCAUCGACCAAGAACACGUCCCCACACUGCCCGCCAACACCACGACCUGCUACGAGACAAACUCUAGCUAUGGCUCAUCUGAGAUCGAUAACACCAGAAGAAGUUAGGUUCAUCCUCCGAAGGGAAGCUGCAUCCUCGCCGGAGCGAUGGACUAUUCCAAAGGCUAGAGGUACUAGGGCUACCAAGGUCACCAAGGUAACUGCACCUACUCGUGAGCUUCGCCCUCGAAAUAGAAAGGGUAAGGCAGUCACCAUGGCCACCAACUUUAGAUUCACUCGGAAUUUGGUUGGAAAGGGUACUCAAGAUUCUCCGUUGGUCAUUGACUGA